AUGCGCCAGCACGGCAGCGCAGCUAGACGAACCAGCCUCUUCAGGGACCCAUACGCGCCAUCGGCCUCCCAGGCGCCUCCGCAGGCAUCCGGUCCGCCCCCGGCGGGCCCUCCCCCCGGCGGUCCCCCCCCUUCAGCAGGACCUCCUCCCGGUGGACCGCCUGCGGGCGCCAGGCCGACGCCUCCGCCGCCCAGAGCCUCAGCACCCCCAGCGGCGAGGCAUCCCGCCGGCGACCGCAGUCACAUCCCGGCCAAUGCACAGCGCCUAGUGGAGGUGUUCAGCUCGGAUAUGCAAAGGGUCGCCAGCAAGGCGCCAGCGUCGUUCGGGCCUCAGGUUAAGGACACGCAGAAGCGUCUCAACCUCUUGUUCGACCACCUCAACAACCAAGAACUGGUGCAGCCUGAUACGAUUGAGAAGCUCAACCAGAUCGCCGAGGCUCUUCAAGCGAGGGACUACGACGGGGCGCAGGCCCUGCAGGUGGAAGUUCAGCGUGAGAAGACGACGGAGUGCGGCAACUGGAUGGUCGGUGUCAAGCGACUGAUCAGCAUGAGCAAGGCUACACCUUGA